CCCGUUUCUCACACCCAAUAUUUUUUAUCUUCCAAUGGAUACGACGGAUAAAACCAUUUUAAAUCUGAUGUUGUCCAAAUUGAGUUGGCUUUCGGAAGAGUCUGAAAUCAACUCGAUAAUCGAAUUAUUGGACAUACAUUGCGAAGGAAACUGUAAGCAGAAGGUAAAAUCCGUGUUGAAGGAAGCUGCUAAUUCAAAUGAACUGAAAGAUCGCCAAAUUGAAUUGAAAGAUCGCCAAAUUGAUGGUCUUAUUACGACUUUGAGUAGCAAAUUCGAUAUCAAUUUUUCGGGUGGAAGUAAACCCAGCAUCUUCUCAGAUCUAGAACAAACAAAGACUAAAAAUGAAGAAAUCAUGGCGCAAAUAAUAUCAAAGUAUAAAGAUGAACUCAAAAAUGCGAAUACUUUGUUAGAUGAGUCCUUUUCUUUGAUAAAGAGCUUUGAGACUCAAAAACAGCAAUUUGAGCUUCAAAUAAAGAGUUACGAGGCGAAAAUUAAGGAAUUGGAGGACAAAAUAAGUGCUGAAAAUGAAGCCGUUGAAGAUCACGACAAAGAAAGCCACCCCGACGAAGUUGAAAUUUUUUUCGCUAAUUAUUGCUCGAAAAUGUUUAAGAUUGAAAACAGUUUAGCUGGUCCUGGUUGGUUAAUCAUACUAAACUUAAAUAAAUUAAAUAAUGGAUUAUGGGAGGAAAAUAUUAUUGUUCCUCUACAUCUGAUUUACGAACUCGUCGUAAAUCGGCCACAUGAAUUGUAUAUUCAUUGCGUUCGCACGGAUAAAAGCACAUUUUAUGCUCACUAUGAUAACCUCACUCUUGGUAAAAAAAAGUCUGAUGAUGCAGUUAAUAGUCAUAGUUGUGAUGAUGAUAAUGAUGAUGAUGAUGAUGAAGAUGAAAAGUAUUUCAUAGAAUCGAUGCAUCUUUAUAAAAGCUCAGUAAAAAUUUAUGGCGAUUUCAAAGGACAAUCAAUCGCGGAAUUUAUCGCGAGCUUCGUCAAACAAUGCACAAAUUAUCAACUGAUGAUAAGAGAAAAACUAAAAUAAAUGUAAAAAUAAAAUAACAAAAA